GGCGGCUCGGGCCGGCGGCCGCAUGGAGGAGGCGGGGUCGGUGCCCGGCCCGGCGCCGCGGCUCUACCUGCCGCGCAACUUCAGCUGCGGCGCCUGCCUGUACGGCCGCCUGGCCGAGCCGUGCCCGGGCGGCUGCAGCCCGGAGCCCGAGCCGGAGCCCGAGCCGGCGGCCGCCCUCCCGCGCUCGCCGCCGUCCCCCCCGGAGCCGGCCCCGGGCCCGGCCCCGGCCCCGGCCCCGCCGCGCGGCCGCGAGCCGGCGCUGCCGCCCGUGCCGCCCAGCCCCACGCUGCGCCGCCGCGCCAAGUCGCUGCCGACGCCCGGGGAGCGCGGCCUGCGGCCCGCCGCGCAGCACAGCCCGGCCCGCCGCAAGACCGUGCGCUUCGCCGACUCGCUGGGGCUGGAGCUGGCCGCCGUGCGCCUCUUCCGCCAGGCCGAGCUGCCGGGGCCGGGGCUGAAGACGCGGCGGCCGCCGGCGCUGGGCGACCUGGCGCCGCCGCCGCCGCUCGAGCCGCUCUUCCCGCCGCAGCCCGGCGCCGGGCCCGGCUUCGCGGAGCGCGUGCGGCGCCACAAGGUGCGGCUGGAGUGGGCCCGCGCCGAGGCGGGCGGGCUGCGCGGCGCCGCGCGGGUGCUCAACCUGGCCUACGAGAAGGCGGUGUCGGUGCGCUACACCCUGGACCGCUGGGCCAGCUGCGCCGAGCUGCCCGCCGACUACCAGGCGCCCGGCGACGCGCUCACCGACCGCUUCGCCUUCCACCUGCCGCUGCGGCCCGGCGCCCUCGGCAGCGCCGGCCUCGAGUUCGCGCUGCGCUACCGCGUGGCCGGCGCCGAGUACUGGGACAACAACGACGGCUACAACUACCGCCUGCGCACGCGGGGCCCGCCCGACGGGCCCUUCUGAGCGCCCCACGCGCCCCUCCGCGGCGCCUGAGGACGAGCCAGCCGUGGCCGGAUGGAUGCCCGAGGCUGAUCUACUUGUAAACGCUCCGUUGGACGGCCGAGGACGAGCCACCCGUGGCCGGACACCCGAGUACAAUCUACUUGUAGCUGCUCUUUCACCAGACAACCAAGGCCGAUCCACCCUUGGCCAGUCACCCGAAUUCGAUCCGCUGGUAGAUGUUCCUUUGCUGGAUAACUACAGCCGAUCCACUUGUAGAUGCUCCUUGGCCAGACGACCGAGGCCGAUCCACUUGUAGAUGCUCCUUGGCCAGACAACCGAGGUCAAUCCACUUGUAGAUGCUCCUUGGCCAGACGACCGAGGCCGAUCCACCCUUGGCUGGACACCCGAGUCCGAUCCACGUGUAGACGCUCCUUGGCCGGACAACCAACGCUGAUCCAACUUUGUCACCGUUCAAGCAGCCGCUGGCUCCUGGAGGGCAGUGGGCACUGACCUUCACUCCCAUCCUUGCGCAGUGGUUUAUUUGUCUCAAGCAAUCACUGAUGUGCCCUUAGUGCCCCCCCGUAUUAAGGGGCUGGUCGCUGUGCUGGGUGGGCGUUGGCACACGUUCUCCAUAGCGCGUCCAAAGGCUUGUGUAAACGGCCGCUGUGAGUUAAAGCCGGCAAGAACCAACCCAACCCAAUGUCUGUUUUUAGCCAUAGAGAACAAGCGUUGCAGUGGAUCCAGUAGGCGGUGGUGGUAGAUCUGUUACAAUCAGUGGUGCUGAAGGAAAGCCGGGAUGUGGCCGGCUCAGAGGUGGGUUGGCCCUGCUAGAGCCUCUGCUGCCAGGGGGUUUGUGGGCACAAGGACGCAUGCCUGAAUAUGACCUUGCGGGACCAGGGUCUUAUUCUUGAAACAGAGCUGUAGUAGCAUUUAGUGAGGGAGCCCAGCAAAUCCUUUUGGAUUUGUCAUGCAGCAAAAACCAAUUCCCAAAUUUAGAACAAAAAGAUAUAUUUUUAUUUAUUUUGAAGCUGCAUUUUAUAUAGUUCAAGAGAAGUAACGAACCUAGUGACAUGAUCUGUGAUUUAAAAUGCAGUCUGCCGAGGGCUGUGUUUUUAAAUGCACGACUAUUUUUGCUUUGAAAACUGCAUAAUGUGUUUUUCCAGUCUCUCAUGUCAAACCCUGUUGUGUGUCUCAGUAGAGCUGCUCACCGGAGCAGUUUACUGCAUGCACAUUUGCAGGACUGAAGUACUAAAUCCCAUUGAAGCAAAUCGGGUUUGUCUGAACAACAGCUGCAAGAAUUGCUGCUGUAGUUGUGGUACACUGGAGUUGUGGUACACACAGUUCUUGCCUGCAUGUCACUUUCCUUUGUAAUCAAUUAAAGUCAUCAGUCGUUUAAUUUAAUUUCUUGGGCUGAUGUAUCAGCACAGAAGUUAGCCUUUUUAAAUAUUGCCGAAAAUGCUGGAGAGAGUAAAAAUGCACCAGUAAAAAUCAGUCAGUCACCGAUUUUUAUGUUCCCUUUACUCUCCUUCAUUAUGACAAGAUGUGUUUUCUCUUACAUCGAGACAAAACCAAAUACAUACUUACAUUUUUUUAAUGAUAAAAUGCAAAUAUUAGCAAAGGAUUUUAAUGUUGUGUUAACUGUGAAUAAGGCCAUCAUCUUUCCCCUUUUUAAUGCAUUUUUAUGUAUGGUUAGCUGCACAGAGAUUAUUUGGGGGCAAGUUUGGACUUUAACUUCUCACAUACUUACAUCUUGCGUGUUUGUGGAAGCAGGGAUUCUGCACAUAGUAGUUACGAGUUUGUAGACUGACUUCAGUGAAACUAUUCAUGGCAAGGUCUGUAAGGUCCAGCCCUUCAAUUUUUUUGGAUCCUUUAGUACUUGACAUCAAUGCUAUUUGGGCAUUCUUUAAUCAUAAUGUUAAAUCUCCCAAGCAACUUAAUCCCAUGUGAUGCUGAUCUUUCUCAAGUUUUGUUAGCUUCAGAGGAAAUCAAGAACACGAGGCAUCUCAGGAGGCAUUAGGUAUCUUGUAAGAUGAUGCCCAAACUUUCCAGUAUUGGCUUGAUUCCGGUAAGCCAUCAGAGUUUCUAAAUCUGUUGAGUCUGAAGGAUUGGGCUGCACAUUUCACAGGAGGAGGAUUACUCACCUGGUUGCAAUUGCUGAUGUUUCUGGUUGCCAUAUAGAAUAAUAUUAGCAAGAAAUAACCUUUCUUAUCUUGCAGUCUUGUGUGUCAGGUGUCUUUGCUUGUUGGCAGGGAGGGGGUUCAUUUACAUUUCAAACCAGUUUUCUCAUCUCUGUAUUUUAAUAGAAGACACUGAACCUUGUGCUUAGCCUUGCAUACUGUGUGCAAAGCCAGGCAUACGUGUUGUUGCUCUUUUUUAAAUCCAUUAAAAUCCUUUGUUAGUAUGUUGAGAGGUAUCUCCACAAUAAGGGCAUCCUAAGUUUAUGCACUGCUUUUAUGAAAUCUGUAAUUGAGACACAGCACAAGCAUUUUUCUUUUAAAAUCACUUUUUGAAAACCAAACAAACAUCUUGUCAAACUUCUCUUUGUGCAUGUUAUAGCUUCCUAGUGUCCUUUUCCUUGUCAUUUAAAUGUGUUGAAAAAUAUGCAGUUGUUCAAACUGAACACACAGAAUUCCUUAAUGCUGCUAUUUGGAAAAAAUUGUCAGGUAAUUAAUUACAUGUAUUAGAACAGUGUUUGUUUAGGAAGAUUUUUAAAGGUUUCCCCAAAUAUAAUUUUUAAAAAGCUUUAGAGCUGUGGAAACUAUGCUAAAAUCAUUUUCAGCUGUGAAUGGCUUUAUAGAGAUUAAAAACUCUUGCCUUAUUUAGGGAAUGCAUCUGUAAAUGCAUUUAGACCUGUUGCAAUACCUAUUGACUUUUUUGUUUUCAAAAAAUAUUUGUAGAAAGUAUGUCUUUGUUUUAAUUCAGAAAACCUGAAGGAUGCAUGUUGUUUAUUCAUUAGCAAGUCAUAGUAUCAUCCUGUUUAACAAUUAGCACACAAUAUCGAGGAUUUGGGGGCUUGAUAAUAUGGCCUGUAUUCAAGGGAAACUGCUAUUGCUUUCCAGUUGAAGUUUACCUGCAGAAUUGAGCCAAAUUUCUUGUACGCUAUAUAAUAAUGUCCAGAUACCUAUAUUACUGGCCUGUUUUCCUUCCCCUGUUUUAAUAAAUUGGGAAAGAAAACCUUUUCAAAAGUCUGGCAGACCUAGAAGAAAUGUUAUUGUAAGAUAGGGCCCCUGAUUUUAUGCUAAGUUAUGCAUACGCUUUCAUUCUAACUUUGUGGACAUUGGCUUGGUGGUAGAUCACAGUCCCACCUGUGCCGAAAGCUUAUGCCUGUUUGCAGAACUGGACUCCAAAUUUCAAAUAAAGAUGCUAGUAUUUUAAAACCAUAUAUUAAAACCUAGUUGGGUAUAAUUGCUUACACUGUACAUAUUUUUCCAAAUGUUGGGAAGCUGGUAUUGGGCCCAGUUCUGUUUUCACUGAAGAACUUAGCCACUGAGUUCGGUGAGAACAGGAAUAGGCUCAUAAUGCGUUCAGUAUUUAAACAGUAGCAUAUUGGUGAUGAGUUCAGGCCACGCUGUUUAAUGGUACACUGAAUUAGUUUAAUUUCUGUUACAAUAAUUAUUAAGCAAGAUUUUCAGUUUCACUGAUUAUGAACAUUUUUCCAAAUGGCAGCAUUUGUGUAUAGCUGCCAUCUGUUUUCAUGCUCAGUAUGACACAUCUGGGUUGCUUCAGAGCAUUGUGAUAAAGGAAGAUAAAGCUGAAAAAACUAGCUACAGAAUGGUGGGCAAUGAUGUACAUUUCAUAGCUUUAUGGGGGGGAAAAAUGAACCAAACCUGUUUCAUUUUGAAGGCAAUUGCAGGGAUGUUUAAUGGGAACAGGAAGAGGGACAUUUUUUAACCAAAUCUGUACAGGAUAUAGAUCAACAAGAACAUUGCCAAGGAAAAGCAUUAAUAUUUUUUCCAGAAAACCUAAAUGUUUUUUUUAAGGCAAUAUUUUCUGGCAAAGUUGUCAGCUAUAAGCUUUCUUCUUUAUAGAGAUCAACCCAUGCCAUGUCACCCUUUUCCACUGGUGUUAAAAUGACCUUGCCAAGGCAAUAAUGUUUCAAUGACAUAUUUUACUUUUAAAUUCACUUAUAAAUCAUUUAUGUCUUCAUAGAUGUAAAAAUGUACCUGUUUUCAGUGCAAAACUGUAUCUUUAUGAAAUGUGACAUGUUAUGUAAUGUGCAAUAUAAUGGUAUCUUGUACUGUAAGUCAAAUUGUACUGUAUGAACGAUGCACACUGAUGUUUGCUGCUUCACAUUUAGCUAUGGAUUGGUUGCAUGUGAUUCUGUCUUCAUACACGUAUCUUUCCAAUUUUUUUGUUCAGUAUUAGAAAUAUUUAACACAAUGCCAGGAAAUAUGACACUCAGGUAUCUGUAAAAUGAAUCUCAAUUUGCUAAAUAUAUUACUUCCCACUAGUAUUUAAAAAAACAAUGACUAAAAUGCUGGCACAGUCAGUUUUUAAUGUAGAUACAUUAUUUAAGAUAAGCUAACUUUUACUUUUGUUGUUAUGCAAAUACAUCUCUCUUCAGGAUGGAUGUGUGCACUUAUACGUAGUUUUCAUAAACUACAGAACAAAUGCAAAACUGUUCUGUGUAUAGGGACAAUUAAAUCACUAGAAUGAAGAAAUGUUUGUUCAUGCAUAAUGUUGAUAUUCAUCAAAUAUUUGAAGCAUGUUUAGUAGAGCCAAGAGACAAAAACCUGUUUGAUUUCAUCUAGAAUGAUAUAGAUUUAAUCUGCAGUAAUAUUCCAAAUUUGGUUUAUAACAUGCUGAAACAUAAAAUGUCUAGGUGCCUUGCAAGGAUCAUUAGUAAGAAAAUUAAUGUGUUCCUUAUUUUUUUUCCAAAAUAAUUGCUUCAGGCUUUCCCAUUAAAACGUAACUUACAAUGAAAACACAAUUAUGGGUACUAAUCUCCUGACAUAUUUUUGACUGAAAACAAAAUGUGACUGUGCCAGAAGUCCAGUAUCUGAAACAGCCAAAAGGGUUUGAUAUUAUGCUCCAGUAUUGUAAUAAUAGGAAAGAUUAUAAGAAAUGUGUCCUCCUGGUACAUGCAUAGAACCGUAUUAUUAUUAUAUCAAAGAGUAAUCGUGAUCAUAUUUUUAUAAUACAAAAUAUAUUUAUUCAAUAUGUGCACCUUUUACACAGAUAAAAUUCUAAGGAUAUAUUCUCUGUGGAAUCCAGAAACUCUAGUUUUUUAUGAGGCCAAUUUGUGUGAUUAAAUGUGUGUCUUAGUUGUGCCUAAUGUAUAUCAUGACAUUUAUAGAUGGAUCGAAUUGGUUUGCACAGUCUGUACCAUGAGAUUCAAGUGCUCACUGUUAAGAAUGUGUUAUCUCUGACUAAAAUUGCUUCUACCUUCAAAUUAACAUGCAUGGCUUUUUAACACAUUAAUAUUGCAUCCCAUGUGCAACUGGUAUGUACAGCCUCUGUGAUUUAUAUAAAAAAAUUAAUAUUUAAAACAGCAGUUACAUAGUGCAAUGAAAACUAGUGAGUUCUGAAGUUGUCCUAAGACUUUACAGAUUAAAUAAAUUAAAUUAAAUUAUUGAUUUACUUAAUUUAGGAAACGGAAAAGAAUGCGUGUGUUGGGAGUAGAAGUUUGGAACAAUCAUCCUUUUAUGUAAAGCUGGUCAGGGAAUCAACAGUGGAAAAUGUCAAUACAUCAAAACCAAAACUUUUCAAGGAAACAGCAGCUUCAAGUGGAAGGUUUCUUAGGUCCAGAAUAUUGGAGAGACCAACCUCUGAUUCAGCGCAGGGACUUGAACUUAGGUCUGCCACAACUCAGCAAAGUAUUUAACUAACUACUGGUUAACUAUUCUGAGAUGAGGCUCCCUGUCUCAGUUCUGCCUGCUGGAGCUGUUCCAUUUCAUGUCAAUAAUAUUCAUUAGAGUAGGCUCUUGAAUGGGAGUCUUACACCCCUCCAUAAUUCCACAAGCACUAGUUUGCAAAGUCAUCCUCUGGUUGCCAUGAAUACUAUAUUCUCUUCACCAGGUGCAGCAACUCCAAUAAGAGACCUUCCAUAGGGUAGUCGGGAGGGUAACCAGUUCUACAGGUAGCUGAGCAAGGACUUGAACGUAGGUCUCCUCGUCCCAGAUGGAUGGCCUAAACCACAUGGCUGUGCAGGGGUCUUGUGGAGGUGUGGAGGAGUUUGGGUUUCAGUAGGAUGGAGAACAGGAAACAUGCUGACAACUCAAAAAUUCUUUUCCCAUCCCACAAAAAUGUCACAUUCAACUCUAGUCAUUCAAUAUUUAUCAGUAGCGUGCAGAAUAAAAAAUAUGCUUGAAAUAAAUUAGCAAUUCCAAAGAACAUAGUCAUCGUUAUUAUAUGUGAAUCAUGUAACUUAUGUAUGGAUGUGCUUUGUUUUUAGUAAAAUGUAGGCAAAGUGCUUCCUUUUCCAGUGUAAGCAUACUUGUACCAGGGACUUUUUCUAUGCAAUACUGUGAUACACCCCUUUUUUUUUUUUUUUUUUUAGACUAUUUUGAAAGGUUGAUAGAAGCUCCUGCAUUUCUCUGCUAUCUACAGUUAGAUGUUAAAGGGUUCAAAAAGAAAAUCGUCUGUCUUAAAUAGUACUAGCUCUUUUGGGCCUUAUUCACUUCCUAUUGCAGUUAGUGGCAGAAGUAAAAUGCCUUCUGGCAUACUGUUAAAAUGCUUAUGCUUCUACUCCAGAGAAGUUGUCAGCGAUGCUGUGAUCGUUAUAAUUUCAUAUCCUUAAAAAUAAACAGAAUGGCAUUAAGGCUUUUUGACUUAUGCUUCAAGUUAAGCAUGAGUAGCAAAACUGAGGUGAGUGAGAUUUCUCAUGCAUAAAACAUGAGAUGUAUUGAUCCUGUAAUUUGCUCAAUGCAGACAUUGAAAUUCAUUCACUUCAGUUGGGCCGUUUACUUCUUAACACCCGCGGAGUGCACUUUGGUUGUGAAGGCUUGCCUGCAUGGAUCCAAUGGCAGGAUUGGAGCCUCUAUUAUAAGAUGACAUCAGUUUUUGAAACCAAAUAAACUGCACUCUUAACACUGUUACUUGUCAUUCUCACUAAUCACUAACAACGAGGGUAUUAGUUGUGUAAAACGGGAUUGUACGAUUUGUUGUAAUCUCGAGUCACUUUAUUAAAGAGUAAGUUUGAACAUGGACUAGUAAUAGUUCUGAUUAUAGUCUGUUCUACAGUAUUUGUACCUCAAGUUGAUCUUCAUUUCUAAUUUGUGUAAAAAUUCCAAAGUCAUUAAAAGCUCAAAAUCAACUUUUUAUAUUCAUGCCUUUGCUCUUUUGGAGCCUGUGAAUAGAAAUAUAAUUUAUGUAGCCUUACAGCAACACUUCCUAUUUUGUCUACCUAGAUCAUAUCUAGUUGCUUGUGUCACUAUGAUGAAAAAUUAUAUUUAUAUACAUGUAACUAUUAGCUGUCAUUAAAGAUAAAUGGUACACAACUA